CGAGCAUUUUAGACAUCCGAGAAGCAACAGUGAUAAGCGAUCAACUCCAAAUGUUACACAUCCCAAUAGCAACCUACGGAACAUAGACACAAAGUUACCACCAAUCGCAGCUUCAGAAUAAAGAUGGGGUCGGAAACGAUCACGUUUAUCAGCAACGACAAGCAAGAGUUCGAUCUGCCGUUCGAAGCGGCCAAAACGGCCGGCCUAGUAGAGGACUUCUUUGAAUCAAGCGACGACAAUGAGGAAAACAAUGACGGGGGGAAACCCAACCGCCGGGAGAUGGAGUUCCCGCGAGUAGAAGGCCGUAUCCUCAGUUUGAUCGUCGAUUUUCUGAAACAUCACAACGAAGAGCAAAUGAAGGAGAUUCCGGUUCCUUUGGGAGGCUCGACUUUUGAUGAGGUGAUGGAUCAGGAAUGGUAUAAAGAGUUUGCUCACGCGUUGAGCCAAAACAAGACUCUUUUCGAAGUGCUCACAGCUGCAAACUACAUGAAUAUUAAACCACUCCUGGAUUUGGCUUGUCUGGAAAUUACUUUUAAGUUGACAGGCAUGAGCGCGGAACAGGUUCGAGUAUAUCUGAACCUUCCUCAACUGACCGCAGAGCAAGAAGCGGAAGCACGGGAGCGGCAUCCUUGGAUUUUCGAAAGCCACUGACCAGGGAUCAGGACGAGACGGAAAAAAGUCUCUAUCUUUCGGAAACGUGUACGCACGUGCUGUCCAGGUUGAAGUAGAUCUGCUGUAAAGAAAACAAAGGAGGCUAUAAAGUAAUUUAAAUAUGUG